AUGCGUUCCAUGCGAUACAGUGAAAGCGAGAGAGUAGAAUGGAUCCCCGUCGAGGUCCUUGGGCCUGACGUCCAAGACAUUCACACCCUUGCCCAGCUAGCCCGCAUGAGCGGUAAUGCCUAUGCUCUUCCUGGAAAGAAGAACUGGUACGAUCUUGAUGGCCCGUGGAAUACUAGUUUUCCUUUUGGAUGGGAGGAUCCUGCGGACGGGUUUCGGGGCCAUGUUUUUAUAUCUUCCGAUGACUCCACCAUCAUCUUGUCCAUCAAGGGAACUACAGUACAAGGGCCCUCAUCGAAGAAGGAUAAAUUCAAUGACAACCUGCUGUUCUCGUGCUGUUGUGCUCGGGUAGAUGUCUCAUGGGUAUUUCGUACAGUCUGCGACUGCUACGCGAACCACUGGCGAUGUGAUAAUACAUGCCUUUCAGAAGCACUAAUCCAGGACAGCUUAUUCUAUUCCGUUGGCGUCAAUCUUGUAGAAGAUCUACUGAUCCUUUAUCCCAAAGCCAACAUAUGGCUUGUAGGACAUUCACUGGGGGGUGCUUUAGCCAGUCUUUUAGGCUCCACGUUUGGUCUACCGGCUGUUGCCUUUGAAUCUCCCGGUGAACGACUAGCCGCUAAACGCUUACAUCUACCUCUGCCACCACCUCUUAAUGGGUCGGCUUCUCCGGUUCCGAUAACACACGUAUAUCACACCGGUGAUCCCAUUCCUCAGGGAACAUGCACCGGCUUUGGUUCCCCUUGUACUCAGGCUGGCUACGCCCUUGAAACUAGAUGUCAUCUUGGAAAGAGUAUUGUAUUCGAUACUGUGAAUGUACUAGGGUGGAAAGUAGACGUUAGGAAGCAUGUCAUUAAGGACGUCAUCACCAAAGUCCUGGAAGCGGAUGUUAUUGACUGGGAAGACGGGCGGAAUGUUCCUUUGCCUAGAGAGGAAGAAGACUGCGUGGACUGUUUCAAAUGGGAGUUUGGCUACUAUGAGAGUGAUCGGUAA